CGAGGUUACUGGCGUCUAGGUUUUCCCGAACCCGGGCUCAGGGGAGGGAGCAAUUCCCUGCCCCCACCUUGGCACUUCGAGGGUAGAGUGGGAACUGAGGGUGUGGAGAUUGUUCGAGGUUAGAGGAUUUCAGACUAGAUUUGAGGGAGGCGUUCGUUUUGGAGACGUCUGAGGGCGGCUGAGGGCUCAAACGGUUUCUUUUGGGGUGGUGGGGAGAGAGCCCUGCUAUGGCUCUUUUGCCAGGAGGGAUAGGAGGGGGUAUGCAGAAGAUUUGAUCCUAGGUAGAAAUGGGUGAAGCAGCGCUGCACGUGACAUUCCAGUCUCUCUGAGACUAGAGCCAGUUGGGGGACAAAUAAGGCAGCUAGACAGAAACUAGGCCCCUGUUGGAUUUGGGUGCGUUUCACUUGGCAUGUUCUGGGUGUGAGAAUUAAAGAGCUCAGUUGACGAUGGAUAGAUAGCCUGUACCGAGGUUUAUCUCCCUGCAGCUUCCACCACUCCUAGUUGGGAAGAGGUGCUGUUGCCGGCAGUAGGUCUUCUGUCCCCACCUCCUCCGUGCUGCAUCCUCUAACCCCCCUCCCCAAGACCUAUGAAAAGGAAUGCUUUUGCUCUCUCGCAUGGCCUCUGGAAUCCUUGGAAACCUUUCCUCUAACCAUAAACUCUCCAUACCCUUGAAUCACCAAGGAUCCUUGUCUUGAAGUCUUCCAUUCUCCCAAAUCUUCCUUCUCGUACUUUACCCCGGCUCUCCUAAAGCAGAACCAGGAGUUCCCAGCUCUCUGCUGUCUCCAGUUAUCUCUUCCCUGUACUCAUGGCGACAUCAGUUCCCAGCCCCAGUUCACCUCUCCGUUCUGAGGAUCUCCUGAGUGAUUCAUCAGAUCCCCCUGUGCUGAACCAAGUGUCCUCUGAGGUGACCUCCCAGCUCUACGCUUCUUUGCGCCUCAGCCGGCAGGCAGAGGCCACCGCCCGAGCUCAGCUGUAUUUACCCUCCACCUCCCCAACUCCUGAUGAGGUGUUAGGGGGAUUGGCCCAAGACCUGAAUCGAAGCUUGUCAGUCGGAUUGGAGAACAACUUGAAGAAAAAGGAUGGUUCCAAGCAUAUCUUUGAGAUGGAAAGUGUUCGAGGUCAGCUCCAGAGCAUGCUCCAAACCUCACGUGAUACAGCCUAUCGGGACUUCCUUACUCCAGGUGCUGGCUCCGAGAGACGGGAAGAGGACUCUUUUGACAGUGACAGCACAGCCACCUUGCUGAACACUCGGCCUCUGCAAGAGUUAUCUCCAUCUAGCUCAGCCCAAGCACUGGAGGAGUUGUUUCCCCGCUACACCAGCCUUCGGCCAGGGCCCCCACUCAAUCCUCCGGAUUUUCAGGGCCUGAGAGAUGCGCUGGAUUCAGAGCAUACCCGCCGCAAGCAUUGUGAGCGUCAUAUUCAGAGCCUGCAGACCCGCGUGCUAGAGCUACAGCAGCAGUUAGCUGUGGCUGUAGCUGCUGACCGCAAGAAAGACAUUAUGAUUGAACAACUGGACAAGACCCUGGCCCGCGUGGUAGAGGGCUGGAACCGGCAUGAAGCUGAGCGGACGGAAGUGCUUCGGGGACUUCAGGAGGAACGCCAGGCAGCUGAACUCACCAGAAGCAAGCAGCAGGAGACAGUAACCCGCCUGGAACAAAGCCUUUCUGAAGCAAUGGAGGCCCUAACUCAUGAGCAGGAAGGUGCCAGACUGCAGCAACGGGAAAGAGAGACACUGGAGGAGGAACGGCAAGCCCUGACUUUGAGCUUGGAGCUAGAACAGCAGCGGUGCCAGACCCUACAGGAAGAACGGGAUGAGGCUCGGGCUGGGCAACUCAGUGAGCAUCGACAGUUGGAGAUGCUUCAGGCUGCCUUAGAAGUAGAACGACAGACAUGGGCCCAGCAAGAGCACCAGCUUAAGGAACGCUACCAGGUGCUGCAAGAGGAGGGCCAGGCUCAGUUGGAAAGGGAGAAGGGAAACACCCAGAGGGAAGCCCAGGUCGCCCGGGAGGCCCAGCAGCAGUUGGCGUUGGUGCAGUCUGAGAUGCGGCGCUUAGAAGGAGAGCUGGACACAGCUCGGAGAGAGCGAGAUGCCCUGCAGCUGGAAAUGAGCUUGAUGCAGGCCCGGUAUGAAAGCCAGCGGAUCCAGAUGGAGUCAGAGCUGGCUGUGCAGCUGGAGCAGCGGGUAACAGAGCGGCUGGCACAGGCUCAGGAGAACAGCCUCCGGCAAGCAGCCUCCCUAAGGGAACAUCACAGGAAGCAGCUGCAGGAGCUAAGUGGACAGCAUCAGCAGGAAUUGGCCACUCAGUUGACUCAGUACAAGGUGGAAAUGGCAGAACGAGAGGAACGGCAGCAGCAGGUGGCUCAGGACUAUGAGCUCAGACUGGCGCGGGAGCAAGCACGAGUGCGGGACCUGCAGAGUGGGAACCAACAGCUGGAGGAACAGCGGGUGGAGCUGGUAGAACGACUCCAAGCCAUGCUACAGGCCCACUGGGAUGAGGCCAGCCAACUGCUUAGCUCCACUCUCCUGCCUCCAAACGCUCCGGUCCCUAUCACUAGUCCCUCCAGCCCUGGGCCUCAGGAACCAGAGAAGGAGGAGGGGAGGAUCUGGACUAUGCCUCCUGUGGCUGUGGCCCUGAAGCCUGUAUUGCAGCAGAGCCGGGAAACAAGGGAUGAGCUACCUACAGUGCCUCCUGUUCUCGGCAGUCCUUCCCCAGAUCUUAGCCUCCUGCUGGGUCCCAGUUUCCAAAGUCAGCAUUCCUUCCAGCCCCUGGAACCAAAGCCAGAUCUUACUCCAUCCACAGCUGGGGCCCUUUCCUCUGCAGUUGGGGCCUUUGAUCAUGAUCACAGGGCAGAACGGCCAUUCCUUGAAGAAGAUCCUGGAACUGAUAGGGAUGGCUUCCUAAAGCAAGGACUGCUACCCUCUUCUCAGUUGGAUGGCCUCAAGCAUUUUUUACACCAGCUGCUGGAGACAGUACCCCAGAACAAUGAGAACCCCUCUGUUGACCUGUUGCCCCCUAAGUCUGGUCCUCUGUCUGUCCCAUCUUGGGAGGAAGCCCCUCAGGUGCCACGCCUUCCACCCCCUGUCCAUAAAACUAAAGUUCCGUUAGCCAUGGCGUCCAGUCUCUUCCGGGUACCUGAGCUUCCUUCAACCCAUUCACAGGGCAGUGGUCCCAGCAGUGGCUCUCCAGAGAGAGGUGGAGAUGGGCUGCCAUCCCCCAGGCAGCUGAUAGAGCUGUCUCAACUGUUGCGACUCUACCAAGCUCGGGGGUGGGGGACGCUGUCUGCCGCGGAUCUGCUGCUCUACCUGAAGAGGCUGGAACACAGCAGGGCUGAUGGCCAAGUGGAUAAUGUCCCCCGAAGGAAUACAGACUCCCGCUUGGGUGAGAUCCCCCGGAAAGAGAUUCCCUCCCAGGCUGUCCCUCGCCGACUUCCUACAGUCCCUAAGACUGAAAAACCUCCAGGACGGAAGAAAAGUGGACACCCUGCCCCUAGUAGUGUGAGGAGUCGAGGGGGAAUCUGGAGAUAGCCCCUUGCCCUUUCUUCUCUUCUUUGUUCUAUUAUUAUCUUAAUAAAUACUUGGUAGUCUGUAUUAGAGUCUGUGACUCAUAGGAAUUUGGAAAAUGGAAAUUUUGUAGGAAACUACUUUGUAAAGACUUCUGUAUGAGUAUGAUUUUUGUAUGCUUUAUUCUGUGGGAAUAGACUUGAAUGCUUUGAAAGAAGGCAGUCUGCAUCGUUGACUAGGUUGUAGACUUUUUUGUGAGCUAAGGUUUAAUGUUUAAAGAGUAAAACUUACAGAGUGAUUAACUCUUGUUGGUGUGGAAUUAUGGAUAAUAU